CUCUCUAGCUCAACCUAUCUCUCUCUCUCAACAACUUUUGUUGACGUCUAAACCUAUGGACUUGGGCCCAGCCUAGUUGUUUGAGAAUUGUUGGAUGGUCCCCAAGAUGCGGAUGCAUAUAGUGUUUGCAGUUCUCCUGGUGUUUGUGAGCCAUGCUCUGGGUUCAGAUGUUGACCAGGAGAAGCGGACGAUAGAAGAGGAGUUGUUGAGCAGUCUCUUUACUUCAAAGCAGAGCAAACACAGCGCCGUCUUGUGGCGGCUGACGCUACUGAAGGUGUGUGCCACACUGGACAGUCUGGAUGAGGCGUGGCAGCCAGAGAGCGAGACCCAACCAGAGGAGGAGGAGGAGUACUUCAGGUUCCGCCUACCACCUGUCAGCCAAUCAGCGGAUGAGCUUUACGACCUCCGGAACCUCUGUAGAGUACUGCAGCCCAGAGAGGUCCAAGAUGUGGAGGACUACCUGGACUUGGACCAAAACAGCGACAACCCGCUGAAGAGGAAAUCCCCUUACAUCCUGAAGAGACAACUGCACACCAGCAAGCAGGCUCGGAGGCCUUACAUCCUCAAGCGAAGCAGCCUAUUUUACUGACACCCCCAGCCAACACUCUCGUGCUAAAGAAGAGACAUUUUACAUUCUGUGAAUAUGUGCCUGUGCUUAAUGUAAUAACAUCAGCAAUGGUUUUUCAUUUCCUCAUCCGGUUUGGUUUGUGUACUUUAUCCAUGAAGGACCCUUCAGUGUGUUCUAAGAUGGACCUGGUCUUUUUCUCGUUCUCAUAACAGGCUAUGUACAUAAACAAUAAAAACUAUAAGGCAAGAAUGGUAUGUAUGUAUCAAUAUGAAUAUAUUUGUCCAUUGUAUGUAUAUUUAUUUUUCUUGUCAAUGUAAUUAAAAAGAUC